UGGUAUUCAGUUAUUGCCGUUUAUUAUUCGACUACGCCAUUCAUUAACCGCGCAACAUCACGAAGAACUCGUCCAAACGAUAGCGGCGAAAUGCAGGCUUGUUGACAAGCAAAACAAGCCUUUGGUAGUGACUACCAUUCGCCUUCUACAUUCCCAACAUAUUUAGUUGUUGAUUGGCAUAUUUCGUGGAAAUCAAAUGCACGGUCGUAUCCGCAGCAUUACAAGCGGUGUCCAAAACUCGUCCGGAAGGAUUUGCAACCGCAGCAACGCACUUCAAGUUGAAGUUGAAGUUGCAAACACGGGGAACUUUGAAGAGUUUGUUUAGAAGAUGCGGCUCGGCUUGUCACUUUUAAAAUCAAACAUGCUUGACCUACAUUUAUCCAUCCAUCACGUCGUGUCUUCAUAGUGACUGCUAAACACUAUUAUUGUUGGCAUAGUUACCUGCCUUGGACUAAUGCCCAUUCUAGGACUGUACAGAUCUGAUUCCGGCCACAAUCAACAAGCAUCUAAUCCAUCCUGUCUACGAGGGGGGAGGAGGAGGAGGAGGGGGAGGUCAUAGACGUGAUGCCAAGCGACAUGGACAAAGAUCCGAAAAGUCGUCUCUUCGAAUCGGAACAGAUGACUGAUAUAUCACCCGGCAAGAUUAAUAAUGGUCUGAAAAGUCGUGUCUCUGAAUCGGAACAGAUGACUGAUACGGCACCCAGCAGCGAAAUGAACAACAACGGUCUGAGCGGUCCGCUGUACAAGGUGGAUCAGGUCCCCGAGCAUUUCCACGAGCUGUUCAUCUUGCGCGGCUACCGACACCCGAAGAGUUCGGCUCUUCAGUGCGUCCUCAGCGUGUUCGACGCCACCAACGAAACGCUCAACUUCUGGACCCACUUCCUGCCGUCGUGCUACUUCCUGUGGAUGCUGAAGGGCCUUGCGGAGACCCUCGACUUCAAGCACGACAGCUACACUUGGCCGCUGCUAGGUUACGUCUUCUCGUGUUGCAUCUUCCCUCUGGCCAGCGCGGUCGCCCACACCUUCAAUACCAUGUCGCACAAGGCACGACACAUCUGUUUCUUCCUCGACUAUGCUGCUCUGAGUGUCUUCACCCUGGGGGUGGCCACCGCUUAUCGAGCGUACUCUUUCCCGAGUCAGCUCUGUGAGACGUGGUACGGGAGAUAUUUUAUCUGCGGAGCCGUCGUCAAUUCCAUCUUGUGUACGGCAACGGCCUGCGAAACCCGCUUCAUGAAACCGAGCCUCUUGAGGAAAAUCCUCCGAUUGGGCGCCUUUGCUCUCCCAUACGUUUAUGACAGCGUCCCCCUCAUGUUCCGUCUCCUCUUCUGUGAAUCCGACGACUGUGGAUUGGCGUCGACGUAUUUCCACACGCGGCAGUUCGUGUUUGCCUUCCUGGCAGCGUUUCUGUACACCACGCACCUACCCGAGCGUUUCUAUCCCGGCCAGUUUGACAUCAUCGGGCACAGUCACCAGCUGUUCCACGUGAGUUCGAUUCUUGCGACCUUUGACCAACUGCAGGCCAUACUUCUAGACAUGCAGCAACGCCGUGUGAAUAGACUGCCCGUGUGGACGACAACGGCGCUUCACGACAGCAUCAACGUUAUGAUGUACAUCAUGUUCAUCAAUACCGUCAUUAUAGGUCUGUUUUCUUUAAGGUUGCUGAGGAAAACUAAAAUGAUGUGAUACGUAUGUAACAUGCUUAGUAGUGGGUGUAUGUUUUUAUAUAUAUUUAAAUACUAUUUUUAAAGAGAAUGCAAGCACUGAUCAAAUGGUAUUUUUCAAAAAUUGUUUAGUGAUUUUUCUAACUGAUUAAGUAGAAUGCUGUUGUAAGAAUUAGCCUUGAAAGUGCAAACAGUUACUGUUACAGUUACAGUAAUACAAAUAAUUGUGUUUUGGGAUUUAUACAUACACUGUAAAUGCUAUAGGCCCUGGUUUAUGAAGUGAUCUUAGCACUAAGAUCACCUUAAGUGUAUACAUUACAUAUGCAUUUAAGGUAAUCUUAGCACUAACAUUGAUUUGUAAAACGGGGACAAGGUUUAUACUGAACAUAAAAGUUUUAAGAGAAAAAAACCUGUAUGGUAAUAUGCAAUAUGAAACUCCCAAACCAGGAUUUAAAUUUAUAUAAUCUCAUAUUGUAACAUAUUUGAUGAUAUGGUAAUAAGCUGCCAGUUAUUGUUAUAUUUAUAUCUUAAGAAUUAAAAAUGAUUUCAGUGGGUUUAUAAAAUAAUUUAUCCUAUAACUUGCCCAUUAUAUCCACAUUCAAUAUUACCGUAGUUUUCUUUAUGUAUACAUGAAAACAAAACCAAACCCCAGCAUAAAUGCAUUUACAUCACGUCCAUAUAAUCUAAACUGUAAAAAUAAUUACAGUUCACAUUUUCAGCCACAGUCGAUUAUGAUUUUCUUAUGUCUUUACGUUGUACCUACAUGUAUCAUCUAAACUUUAAAAAUAAUUACAGUUCACAUUUUCAGCAACAGUCGAUUAUGAUUUUCUUAUGUCUUUACAUUGUAUCUAUAAUCUAAACUAAAAAUAAUUACAAUUCACAUUUUCAGCAACACUUGAUUACGAUUUUCUUGUCUUUACAUUGUAUUUUAUCAUCUAAACUGUAAAAAUACAGUUCUAUUUUCAGCGACAGUUGAUUAUAAUUUUUUUUAUGAGCAAUCGUCUUACCGGUAAAAUCCAACCAUUAAAUUUUGUAUUGUAAUCAAUCACUGGAACAUCAAAAACUAGGGUCAGUGUGACAAUGAUUAAGAGUAUGAUUUUCAUCAUUUUAAAAAAAAAACUUUUUUUUCUUUCUUUUUAGGGGGUGGAGGGGGGGGGGGGGGGGGGGGGGGGGGGUCUAAUAUGCUUGAACUAAAUAUUGGUGGAAAAAAAACCUAUUGAGUCCAUACCUGUGGCCUAAUGUUAGUUUGUUUAUUUAUGUCAUAAAGAUAAAUGAUUUCUUCCAGAAAUGUCCAUUAUUAUUACAUAAGAGACAUUAUGUUGGCAGGGAAAAAAACCAAAAUGUGAUACUUUUAUGUAUGUUAAAUUUUAUGUUGUGAUCAAAAUAUGCUAGCUCGUACGUCCGCAUUGGUUAUACUUGCAAGAAUUAAGUGUCUUAACUUUUGAGGGGAAAAUACAUCAAAACGUUUUGAAAUCAUUUUUGAUAUAACAGACAUACUGUAGAUAUUUUGGAAACCUCAAAUGAUUUUUUUUUUUUUUUUUUUUUUUUUUUUUUUUUUUUAACACUGGAUUCUUUAAUUACCAUAAGCACAAAAUAUUUAUGGUUUUAUUUAUUUAUCAUUUGGUCACAAAGUUUAAUAAAUGAAUAUGUUUAUUUAUUUUUCAUUUGUCACAAAUUUUGAGUGAAUACUAGUAUGUGAUAUUUGGAAGUUAUUUAUGCGCAUGUUCAUUUUUAGACUUUAAUAUUUGAUUGUUAGUACAUGUAGUUGGUAUAGAUAUACCAGUUUGUAGAUACUUUUCUUUAGCUUUCAUUUUACUUUGCUUGUACAUGUAAUUAGCCUUACAUUAUCUAGAUAUAUUAAUUUUUAUUUAAAUAAUUAUUCCAAUGUUGUAUUAUAUAUAUUCAUAAUGUAAAAACCCUAUAUCGGACUAUAUUAUAUUGUUAUUAUUAAAAUUUUGUACUUAUUUUGGAAAAUAUAUUAACAAUUUAAAAACUGCAUGUGUGUAUGUACCUUUAGAACUAUACAAUAUACAAUGUAUUGUACAGUGAUGGAAUAUUGCAAUAUUGUACUGUUAGGGCAUUUAUACAUGUAGUAUUGUAUAAUAAGAGAAUGUAUACAAAUAUUGUACAGUAGCUGAAUACAGUAUAUACAUAUAACAUUGUACACUGAGAGAAUGUAUACAUGUAGUAUUGUACAGUAAGAUAAUGUAUACAUGAAAUAUUGUACAGUACGGAAAUACUGUAUAUACGUAUAAUAUUGUAUUGAGGGAAUGUAUACAUGCAUGAAUAUUUAGUAAACUAGUAUUAUACAAUAUUGUAUAUUAUUUAAGGAAAUGUCUACAUGUCGUAUUGUAUAAUGAGGGAAUAUGUACGUUGUGCAAUGAAUGAAUAUAUUUUCCAAUUAGUUUAUUUCAAUCUGUAAUAACAAAACCAGUAACAAAAUCAAGAUUGCAUCUCUGCACAAAACAAAAGAGUCCAAAAGGUUAUGACAGUAUCCUCCUAUGAAUUACUGUCAGUUGCUAUAUGUAUGGGAGGCAAUUUCUCAGGAUUUCACAGAAAUUAAAAAUUGUUUCCAGUAUAGUGUGUUGGCAGCGUUCGAAAUAACCACUUGUCCGUUUGUCCUGACAAUCUCCUUGGACAAGCAAAAAGUACCGGUACCUCAAUGGUUGUUCAGUGGACAUGUCAAGUAAAAAUGUGUAAUGCUGUUUCAUUUUAAGCAGUCAAAAACAUAGUUCUUCACUUGAAUAAAACCUAACAACUAAGUGAAAAUAUUGGUGGACAAGUGGAUUUCUAGAUGUACUUGUCUGGUGGACAAGUGAAAAAGUUUGCUUAUUUCUGUCGCUGGUUGCUGGUUGGUAUCAGUCGGCAAAAUCACAGAUCCUGAAGUUUGUUAACCAUUAUCCUUUAAAUAAAAAAAAGUUUGUUUGAUUUAACGACGCCACUAGAACACAUUGAUUUUUUAUCUUAUCAUCGGCUAUUGGAUGUCAAACAUAUGGUCAUUCUGACACUGGUUUUUUUU